UCUGGAUAUUACCCCUCCUUCCUUCUUUGGUUACAAUAAAGUUGAUCAUGGGGAAGGCUCUUUGUACUACUCAACUGGUUACUAGUAUUUUCGGGACUAAAACCCGUUUUUAACUUUAAAAAAUGUAUUGAAACUCUAGCGGUGGCUGUUUUAGUAUUUACAGUCGAUGCUUAGGGCACGCAGCAAUUCCCUCUUUCUGGUAUUUGGCAGCCCCCUUCGGGUGUUACACGUCUGCUUGAGAACCACUGUAUUUCACCUUGCGGAUGGUACGGUGUGCUGGAGAAAGCACUGAAUGAGGAGUCUUCAGCUCAGCUCCUCGUUUUGCCACUAAUUUGUGUUACCCGCUUAACCUGUUUGGACUAGUUCUUUGGUUAAAUAAGGGUUGAACUAGAUAACCUUGGAAACUUUUAUUUGCUAACAUUGGGCCUUGAGAUACAUGUAAAGAAGGUAAAUCAUUGGACUGUUUUGCUGUAAUUUGCAUGUAAAAAAUGCCAUGUGGCUUUUAACUUUUUAAAAUAGAGGUAUAAAUAAACACUACCUUUAAUCCCACUACGCAGUUAGGCUUUGAUCUUUUCUUGUGCCUUGUCUGUAUAUGGGUGUAUGACUGAGAUCAUACUGUAUCAUUUGCAACCUCUUUCACCUAAUUUGCAUUUUCCAUUAGCUUCCCAUAUUCCCAGUGACUAAUAUUGUAAUGUCCAUUUAAUCCCUUUACUAUUGGGUAGUUUGUUUUUACUUAUUUGCAGUGAAUAUAUCCUAUGUGUAUGAGUCACUCAUUAUUUCUUUCCCUUAUAAAUGCCUAGCAAUGGAACUGGGUGAAUGUAUGAAUGAUGUAGCUUAAAUAUUAUGGACAAAAUGCAUUUUGGCAGAUAGGAAUGGUCAAGGUCAUUCAUUUUUAUGGUACACAGCUGUUUUUCCUUGAGCAAGCAAAUUUUUUCUGCUGUCAUUCUUCUGGCUUCAAAUGCCAAAACUGACAACCCCCAGAUUUUAUAUGUUCCUCAUUGGAUUAGAAGCAUCAAGAACAAAUAGAUGAUCCAAUUUAAGGUAGGGUGGACCUAUAUGAUUGAUUUAUUCCUGGAGUUGUCUUAUCAUGGCUGAAAAUGACAUAGACAGAAUCCAGACUGAGAAACUCCUAAAAAGAGUACAAGAACUGGAGCAGGAGGUACAAAGACUUAAAGAACAGACCAACAACAAGGACUCAAAUAUUAGAGAAAAUUAUUCAGGAACUGGGAAAGCUAAGCGUGCAUUUGAUUUCAGUGCUCAUGGUCGAAGACACGUAGCCCUAAGGAUAGCCUAUCUGGGCUGGGGCUACCAGGGCUUUGCCAGUCAAGAAAACACAAACAAUACAAUUGAAGAGAAACUCUUUGAGGCUCUAACCAAGACUCGACUAGUAGAAAGUAGACAGACAUCCAACUAUCACCGGUGUGGGCGAACAGACAAAGGAGUUAGCGCCUUUGGACAGGUGAUUUCUCUUGACCUUCGUUCUCACUUUCCAAAUGGCAGGGAUUCAGAGGAUUUUAAUUUAAAAGAUGAAGUCAAUGAUGCUGCUAAAGAGAUCCGUUAUACCCACAUUCUCAAUCGGGUGCUCCCUCCAGACAUCCGUGUACUGGCCUGGGCCCCUGUAGAACCCAGCUUCAGUGCUAGGUUCAGCUGUCUUGAGCGGACUUACCGCUAUUUUUUCCCUCGUGCUGAUUUAGACAUUAUAACCAUGAACUCUGCAGCUCAGAAGUAUGUUGGCACACAUGAUUUUAGGAACUUAUGUAAAAUGGAUGUAGCCAACGGAGUGAUUAAUUUUCAGAGGACUAUUCUGUCUGCUCAAGUACAGCUAGUGGGCCAGAGCCUGGCUGAGGAGAGAGGGCAAGAACCUUUCCAGCUGUGUCAGUUUGAAGUGAUUGGCCAGGCCUUCCUGUAUCAUCAAGUCCGUUGUAUGAUGGCCAUCCUUUUUCUGAUUGGCCAAGGAAUGGAGAAGCCGGAGGUUAUUGAUGAGCUGCUGAACAUACAGAAAAAUCCCCAGAAACCUCAAUACAGUAUGGCUGUAGAAUUUCCUCUAGUCCUAUAUGAUUGUAAAUUUGAAAACAUCAAGUGGAUCUAUGACCGGGAGGUUCAGGAGUUCAAUGUUACCCACCUACAACAACUCUGGGCUAAUCAGGCUGUUAAAACUCACAUAGUGUAUAGUAUGCUGCAAGGACUGGACUCUGCUGCAGUACCCUGUGGGACAGGACCAAAGAUGGAUGGAGUGAUAGAAUGGAGAAAUGUUACGCCUUCUGUCAUAAAGCAGACCAGUGCCUUUGUAGAAGGAGUGAAAAUGCGCACGUAUAAGCCCCUAAUGGAUCGUCCUAAAUGCCAAGGAUUAGAAUCCCGGAUCCAGCAUUUUGUACGUAGGGGACGCAUUGAGCACCCACAUUUAUUCCAUGAGGAAGAAACAAAAGCCAAAAGAGACUGUAAUGAGAAACUAGAGGAAGAAAAUACUAUUUUGGAGAAACCAGCAAAGAGAAUCUGUGUUGAUACAGAAAUUAAAAGCAUCAUUUAACCAUAGAAAAUGCACCAGGAUCUAGGAGGCAAUAACUAGUUAAGUGGGUAGGUGGGUAGAAAGGAAAUACAGAAAAAUACUUACUGCAAGAAGUCCUAGAAAUUCAGAUGAUCGGCUCUCUAAAAACAAAAACCAAAAAAGACCAUAGGUCCUAUUAAGCAAGUUCUUACUUGAAGAAGAAAGAAUUCCAACAUUCCGUCAUUCCUUCCUACACAGAAGGAUUAAGAGGUAGAAGCAGCAAAAAGCAGCUAUAAAAUGGAGAGCUAUUUAUGUACACCUGGAGGCCUGUGCCUUGUGUUCACAUACAUUGAAGCCCGAUCCGGCUGGUGUCUGCUUUGCUGUGCUGUCCUUUUAAAAGCAAAUGAGAUACUCACUAUCAUCUGAAUUCUCAUAAAGAGCUUUGCCCGAGUGUCUUAUUUUCUAAGACAGAAGUUAAAAAUAGGAAAUUUGGUCAGUUAAAUAUUUGCUAAAUUAGUUUAGCGCCAGGCACAAUAGUACCUGAAGUGACCUAACUGAAUAAGACAGCAUCUCUUAGAAAGCUUAUCAGACUAGUGCUCUGUAAGCCACAAAUAGUCUCUGGUGCAUGGUUUUUUUUUUUUUUUUUUUUUACAAUCUUUUACAUAUGUAAAAAACACUGUUCGCUCAUGACCUAUAUAAAAACAGGCCAGGUAGUUUACUAACCCCUGGUCUAGUGGUUUAAGGAAAGCUCUUACAAGAGGAGAUAUCCAAGCUCCAUCUUGCACAACCACUGGGAGCCAGUUAAAGUGGGAAUAAAGAAGCAGUUUUAAGUGUGUCUAAGGCAGAAGAUGCAGUUUGUGUCAAGGGUUAAAGAUGACAGCUCUUGCAUUCAGGUAACUGUAAAUACAGUAGUAUGGCUUGAGUGACAAAAGCAUAGUUUAGAAAGGUGAGCAAGGAUGUUUGUGCAGCCUUGUAGGCCUUCCCCAAGACGCUUAGAUUUUAUCUUCAGAGGCCACUGGGAAAAAACAUGAAAAGCCAGAGUUGUGUAGCAAAAAUACUGCUCUGGGUAUGGUGUGGACUGGAUGAGGGCAAGACAGUGGGACCAAUUAGGAGGCUGUUGAAGUAACCAAGAAAAUAGAUGAUGAUGGCCCAGACUAGAUUUGUACUGAGGGGGGUGGAGAGAGUAGGUGAAUUUGAGAUUAAGAAAGGAGAAGUAACAGCACUCUGUGGUUGAGAGAAUGGGAGGUUCAAAAGUAGGAAGCUUUCAGGAUAAGUCCGAGGGUCCGAUUUAAGCCUAUUUGAGACACACUGGGACAGGAACAUGAAGUGGGGCUUUGCUUGUUCUCAAAGUUGAUAACCUUCAAAAUAUUACUAAAACAGCAAUAUUUAUUCAGAAGAGUUCAAAGUUCUCUUAAAUACAUUAUCCUUUAUAGCAAUUAAAAUAAUAAAGUAAAUGAACUGAGA